AUGGCUACUUCUGAACAAUCUCCAUCGUACAACGUCUUCGUCUACGGCAGUUUCCAGGAGCCAGCUGUUGUGAGUUUGAUCCUUGAGUGCACUCCGGUCAUCGUCUCCGCACAACUCCAUGGCUUUCAUCUUUAUCGACUCAAAGGACGUUUGCAUCCUUGUAUUGCUCCUUUUGAGUCUGGAUUAGUCAACGGCAAGGUACUAACUGGUUUAACAGAAGCUCAGUUAAAGAAUUUAGAUAUGAUUCAAGGAGCUGAGUAUGAGAGGAAGACUGUUGAGGUUGUUUUAACUGAGACUUCAGAGAAGAUGGAAGUGGAAGCUUUAGUUUGGGCAAACAAGGAUGAUCCAGACAUGUAUGGAGAAUGGGAUUUCGAGGAAUGGAAGCGGCUACAUAUGGAUAAAUUCAUAGACGCAUCGAAGAAAUUCAUCGAAUGGAAGAAGAAUCCAGAUGGUAAAACAAGAGAAGAGUUUGAGAAAUUUGUACACGAGGAUCCUCCUGUGGUGUGAAGAACUUGUCUGCCUUUUCCUGAUAUCUAAUCGUUUACUACAAAAAUAGAAAGCUCUCUCAGACUCUCACUCAUGUGCAAUAAGAUUAUAAGUUGUCGUAUCUCUACUACAUGAACAUUGAGUUGCAUGAUUAUGUUUUAUC